CUUGCAUCGAAAUCUCCAUCUGCUUCUUGAGAUCUGACGAAACAUUCACAAGUCUGUGCCUGUAUCAAUGAAUUAUCCACCCUUCUAGAACUAUUCCACUGGUCCAAGCACAUCCACGAAACGAAGUACCCUCCGUCUGCGAUGGGCUGACUUCCUUGUCUUUCGGCCCGUCAAAGAGACCAAUUGUAGUCGACCAAAACAUACUACCAUCAAAUGACUGUGGCACCUCUAGAUCCAGCUCUGCUUCCUUCGACCUUGCCAUCGAUUCUAUGUAGAGGGGUAACCCCUCUCGAUAGACGGACAUGCGUGAUUUAUUGGACCGAGAAGCUUGCAAUCUCCAACUCAAGAGUGUGAUCAAAGUGUCACAUUCGGUAUGGCCUCCAUUGAUGCGUGGAUCAUCACCAGUAAAGGACGAUGCCCCCAUUGAAAACACUUUCCAACAACCUUAGUAGGUAUGAAGAUGACGUACCCAGUGAGAUGUAUUCAGGGACAUGCCAUUAUCCUGAGCAAUCACGCGCCGUUCAUUCCGGGCCGAAAAGGUCUGGAGUCAGAGAGCCAAUGAGAAACCUAGACCAUAUGAACACAUGCUGAAUACCAUGAACGGAUAUAAGCAAGCACUACAGGAACACAUUUGAUCAAGCAUGCUGACGGCUAGCUUCAAUAUCGCUCUCUCCAUCCCUAAGAGUUGAUAGAGCAAAGUAGUACCAGGAGUUCUCUCACUUCAUAUAAAUCAUGACAGACAAAACUCCCAUCGCACAAAAGAGCCAUACCGCAAGGCUAUGCGAAUGGAUCGAAAGCGUCAGGCUCCAAGACGUCCCUGGCGAGAUACAAAUGAGAGCCAAGUACUUGAUCCUCGAUGGCCUUGCUUGCGCACUUGUUGGCGCUCAUUUGCCAUGGUCUGAAAAAGCUGCUCAGGCAGUGGUAGAUAUGGAACCAGAAGGACCGGUGACAAUCAUCGGCUGGGAAAAGGUAGGCCAGCGGAUGGCCCACAGAAGACGAGAGGUUCAACUUGCUGAUGUUGCAUCGCAGAAAAUCAGCCCUAUAUCAGCAGCGCUGCUAAACAGCACUUUCAUCCAGGGGUUUGAAUUGGACGAUUGGCACAGUGAAGCGCCUCUACACUCCAAUUCCAUCAUCCUGCCUACCCUCUUCGCUGCUGUGGAGCACGUCAGCGAACGGGGCAGCGCCGUGUCGAUGUCAGGCAACGACUUUCUGCUCAGUACUAUCGUUGGAUAUGAGGUUGGACCUCGGGUGGGCAUUGGUCUCCACGGUGGUCAUAUACUGACCAAGGGUUGGCACUCAGGAGCGGUGUUUGGGCCUUCUGCUGCCGCAGCAUCUGCUUGCAAGCUUCUGCAACUUCCCGAAGACAAUAUUGAAGAUGCUCUAGGUAUCGCGUGUACACAAGCAUGUGGGCUGAUGUCCGCGCAGUACGAGAGCGAAGUCAAACGAAUGCAACAUGGGUUCGCGGCGAGAAAUGGUCUAUUCGCAACCCUGCUUGCCCAGCAUGGGUAUGUGGGUAUCAAGAAGGUCUAUGACCGCCCCUAUGGAGGAUUUCUCGCCCAGUUCUCGGCGGGUAAUGGGAAAUCGCCCCAGUAUCUCGUCGAAGAGAUCGACAAGGACUUGGGAAUUGAAUGGAAAACGAAUGGGAUUCGAGUCAAGCCCCACGCGGCUAUGGCCGGCACUCACCCUACCAUUGAUUGUAUUGAAGGUCUUCAGCGAAGGUUUCCAGUCGAGUUAGAAAACUUGCAGGCUAUCCAACAUAUUCGCAUCGAGAUGGGCGAGGCCAUGUACCAUCAUGGGGGAUGGGCAAUCGAGACACGUCCUCUGACCGCCACCGGAGCCCAAAUGAGCAAUGCGUAUGUUGGUGCAACACAACUUGUUGACCGCCAAGUGCUGGCCGCUCAGUUUCGCCACGACGCACUGGACAGAGACAUGAUUUGGAACCUCGUUGGCAAGACGACGUGCGAAAGCAACGACGAGUUCAAGUGGAUGCACCAACGUGUUACCAUCACCUUGGACAACGGCACUGAACUACAGCAUGAGGUUGAGGCUGCCAGAGGGUUCCAGCCGCCAAUCUCGAAUGAUGAGAUUGUUGCAAAAUGGCGGGACCUCAUGAAGGACGUCAUUGACCACGACCUAAUGGAAGAGAUCGAGCAAAUUGUUCUCAAUAUAGAAACUUGCAAAGAUGUUGGCUUAUUGAUAGAGCUCCUGGGGAGACGAACAAGAAAUCCACUUGAGUGAGUUGGCAGCUGAAAAGUCUACAGUCUAGCUGCCGAUAAAUGUAAUCUGUGCCUUGAUCGGAGCAGAUAUUUUGUGUAAUUGCCUCGUCAGAAGCCGCGUCCAAGAGUCUUCUCACAGGUAGCGAGGAGUAGCCGAAGCAGCCAAUCA